AUGUAUGAGGACUGCAUUGAGUCCACUGGAGACUACUAUCUCCUCUGUGACACCGAGGGGGCCUGGGGCAUUGUUCUGGAGUCCCUGGCUGCCAUUGGCAUAGUAGUUACCAUUUUGCUCCUCUUGGCAUUUCUUUUUCUCAUGCGAAAGGUCCAGGACUGCAGCCAUUGGAAUGUUCUCCCCACCCAGUUCCUCUUCCUCCUGGGGGUGCUGGGGCUCUUCGGACUCACCUUUGCCUUCAUCAUCCAGUUCAAUCAGCAAACUGCGCCCGUCCGCUACUUUCUCUUUGGGGUUCUCUUUGCUCUCUGCUUCUCGUGCCUGUUGGCUCAUGCCUCCAACCUAGCGAAGCUGGUCCGGGGUGGAUGCUCCUUCUCUUGGAUGACAAUCCUGUGCAUUGCUAUCGGGGCCAGCCUGUUGCAGACGAUUAUCGCCAUCGAAUAUGUGACACUCAUCAUGACCAGAGGCAUGAUGUUCGUGCACAUGACACCCUACCAGCUGAACGUGGACUUUGUGGUCCUCCUGGUCUAUGUUCUCCUGCUGAUGGCCCUCACGUUCUUCGUCUCCAAAGCCGCCCUGUGUGGUCCGUGUCAGAACUGGAAGCAGCAUGGCAGGCUCAUCUUCGUCACGGUGCUCAUCUCCAUCAUCAUCUGGGUGGUGUGGAUCUCCAUGCUCAUGAGAGGCAACCCGCAGCUCCAUCGCCAGCCGCACUGGGACGAUGCGGUCGUCUGCAUCGCCCUGGUCACCAAUGCUUGGGUUUUCCUGCUGGUGUAUAUCAUCCCUGAGCUCUGCAUUCUCUACAGAUCCUGUAAACAGGAUUGCCCUGUACAGAGCAAUGCCUGCUCCAUGCCCGUCUACCAGCGCACCUUCCGGGCAGAGAACCAGGAGCUGUCACGAGCCCGAGACAGUGAUGGAGCUGAGGAGGAUGUAGCAUUAACUUCAUAUGGUACUCCCAUUCAGCUGCAGACUGUUGAUCCUACACAAGAAUAUUGCAUCCCUCGGGCAACCGUAAGUUCCCCACAAGAUGCAGGGUCAUAAGGCCUAGAGGAAACGAGCGGUGACGACCUGGAAGACGAUCCUGGCUAAGGGAGCCCCACAGGUCCCUCGAAGCAUCAGCCCAGCCAUCCGGCUCUGUUUCGUGGCCCCCGUCCAUCCAUCUGGACCCUUUGUGGAAGACUUCCCUUCUGAGCUUAAUUACAGUCUUGCUGGCCACCCUCCCUU